AUGGAUCAAAAUUCCAGACUAUGUACGAUCUGUCUCCGAAGAUUCUCCAACGGCAAAGCCUUGGGUGCUCACAUGAAAUCUCACUUUGGUAGAUUCUCCUCACCAUCUUCUACUUCUUCUUCCAACCCACCUCUUGCUUCCACCAAACAUGAACUUUCUACUGAGUCCACCGAGUCUGCUAAGUACCCAACCGGGAAAAGAUCUAAAACUCUUCGCAAGUUCUCCUCCAACAUGGCGAUGACCGGCUCACCAUCUGACUCGGUGAGUUCACCUCUCUCUGUUGAAGAUGCUGCCCUGUGUCUUUUAAUGCUUUCAAGGGAUCAACGGAGUAAUAAUCCAAAACUAACCCAAGGUUAUGAAAUAUCUGAUGCUGGUGUGGGUUCUGAUAAUGAGAAGGAUGAAGAAGAUGAUGAGUUCUUUGGUGCAGCCAAGGUUCACCCAAAGCGCUACAAGUGUGGGACAUGCAAUAGAACUUUCAGAUCUCACCAGGCUUUGGGUGGGCAUAGAGCUAGUCACAAACUGAAAAGCAAGAAGAUUUCCCAAGAAGAAGAAGAUGAUGAUGAAAAUGGCGGUGAUGCUACUGAUCAUAAGAUUCAUCAACAAAGAACCUAUCUUUGA